GGUCGUUGUAGUGUGCAGAGUGUCGCUUUCGCUCUCCAUCGUCUCGACUGACUGAUCCAUGUUCCAGUGAUGAUGUUUGCAACCAGCCGUUUGAAUGACAACGAAUACGUUUGAUCCAUAUAAUAUUGUGUAAUAACUUGCUUUAAAAUCCUACCCUCACGAGGCUCCACACACAUUACUACCCAUAGAACAUAGAUGGUACUGGUAGAAACUUGUUUUCUGAAUAUCUCAACUAAUUUGAAGACAUUUCUCACCGAUGAUUCAUCGCUGAUUCCUUUUUCCCACAAAAUAUCUUGUAAUCAAUAUCUUCAUUGAGUACAACAGUAAACAAGAAAGAAUUCCUCCCACUCAAUGGGACCUUGAAAUUUAAACAGCGUCGCCUUUCCUGGUUUCGUUGGAAGAACCUUGAAAUGCAAUGGGUGGCAUGAGAGAAUCCUUGAGACGCGACGCUCAAGCUUGAACCUUUCUCUCUAUCGGGGGAGUGAAAAUUGUGACCUUGGAUUUUCCUUACUUCACUCCAAGCUGAGUAUUAUUCUAUCAUUGAUACACUAAAUCACAGUCCUACUGUUGCUGGUAGUGGUAGGUACACUUCAUUACACUCCGAGUGUCACUGCUACACUUCAUCACACUCCGAGUGUCACUGCUACACGUAAUAUUUUCAGAAGCAAGUUUUUCGUGCGUGGUUUGAUUGAGCAGAUCUCAAUUGCAAACUCAACAGCGUCUUCUGCCAUUUUCUUCAGACAUGGCCGGCGACUGCCGCGAAGGUGUUCACUGUGCCGGCUCCUGAGUGUCCAAAGGCCAGCAUGGCUGUGGAGGAACAGCGGCCAGGAGCUGAUGGCGCCAGCGAGCGAGGAAAUCCCGUGACGGAUUUCUCGAGGAAUUCCUCGGAACAAAAGCCGAUUUCCAGCGGCGAUGCUCCGAAAACUGAUUCUGCGGAGGUUGCUGCUUGUAGUAACAUCGGAGAACUCGCGACCUCGCCGCCGGAUCCUUGCAAGAAACGACGAUCUAAACUCAGUACGAGUUCAUCAAAAGACGAAGAUGGCCAGCGAUCGGCGUCUUCGUCUCCAAAGAAGAAGAACAAGAGUCUUACUGAAGACUCUGGCGUCGUUAUCGGGAACUUUCAUGCGUUUGAGACUGACGAUCAGACCGAAGUGCUUGUGCCACGUUUAGUCAACGGAUGCAGUCGUGUUUUACCACCUCCAAAACCUCAGCGCGCGCAAUGUAACGGAAGCCGCAACGGCACGCACGCAGAGUUCGUUAGUUUUCGCAAGAGCCAACGCGACCCUGAGGAGGAAACUAAAUGUGGCAUAGGGGGAACAUGUGGCUGCUGUCAACAUUUGGCUUCAAGACAAACAUUCAUGGUGAUAUUUUGCUUAACGACGGUGCUGCAGGGUAUGUUCUACACAUACUUUGCCAGCGGUCUAUCCACGAUCCAGAAACUUUACAGGAUCAGUAGUCAAGUUACGGGCAUUGUGAUGAGCGCAACGGAGGUCGGACAGAUCGGAGGAUCGCUAUUCCUCGCUUACUAUGGAGGCAACGGUCAUAGGCCACGUUGGAUCGCCUGGGGCAUGGUUCUUUUCUCAAUGUGUACGUUCUUGUGCGCAGUACCUCAUUUCAUUUUCAGUUUCACCGAGACCAAUCCAUUUCCACACUCUGUAAAUUCCGGUGACGAAAUGCUAGAGGAUUUCAAUAUUUGCAACGUAACUGGACCUGUGUCACUUACUUCUGCGUGGGAGAAUGAUGCAAAUUCAAGCUUUGAAUUCCAGAACAAUACGUCCAUCGCGUGUGAAGAUCCAAGCCGCCUCACAAAUUUUGUUCUGGGACUCUUCUUUUUAGCUCUUAUAGGCGUGGGCAUCGGACAAACGGCUGUCGUCAACUUAGGUAUUCCUUACAUCGACGACAACGUUGACAACAAGGAUUCACCAAUGUACUUCGCGACGACGAGCGCCGUGCGUAUCCUGGGCCCCACGUUCGGCUUCAUGUUGGGGUCGGUGUGCACGAGACUCUACGUCUUCCCCAUGCAGGACCCUGGCUUCCCCACCAGCGACCCUCGCUGGGUUGGGGCGUGGUGGCUCGGUAUGUUGGGGCGUGGUGGCACGAUCGCGACACGCAGUCCGGAGGAAGCGAAAGUGCGGACGAACAUCACGGCGCUCUUCCAUCCGGCUAGCACGAGUCCCUCGCGCCAGCCGAGCGCUCUUAACUUACCACUAAAUAACGUGGAUCGUUGCGAGGGCCAAGUCCCCAACGAUGGGGACACUGCUGGGCCAGGGGACCCAAUGCUGAGGCCCAGAGUGGAUGAGGGCAACAGGAACGACAGGCCUUGUCUGCAGGAGAGGGUGGAAAUGCAGCUCAUGGAGCAGCAUGAGGCGGCCGAGGUCGAGUACUGGAGCAGCUACAGGCGGGAACCAACUAUUAAAGAUUUCCCCCGCGCGGUGCGCCGGCAGCUGCGUAACCCUGUGCUGGUGCUGCGUACCGCCAGCAGCGUCUUGCACAUCCUCCCCAUCGCGGGGCUCUACACCUUCCUCCCCAAGUACCUCGAGACGCAGUUCAGGCUACCUGUCCCCACCGCCGCCAUGCUUGCUGGCACGGGCGGCAUCCUGUUGAUGGGCGUGGGUAUCCUGAUAAGCGGUAUCUACAUUCGCCACCGACGCCCGUCUGCCCGCGCCAUCACCGCCUGGAUCGCCGUGACCGCUCUGCUCUACAGCGUCGGUAUGGUCGUCCUUAUGUUCGUAGGCUGCGAACAAGACGACAUCGCCGGCAUGGUUCUCAAGGACGGCUCAUCAACCCCCGUUUUUGAACCUCUUUGUAAUCGGUCUUGUGCGGGAUCCUGUGAUGAUUCGUUAUACGCUCCCGUGUGUACACGCGAUGGUAAAACCCACUUCAGUGCUUGUCAUCUCGGUUGUUCUGCAGUCGUUAAAGUGAACGACUCGAGUGCCGUUGGGUUCAGUGAAUGUGAGUGUGUGGCGGCCGACAUGACAGCAGAGCUGCGUCUGUGUGACUUGGAGUGCACUUCUGUUGUCUGGUACAUCGUCAUCUUCGCUGUAUUUGUUAUCAUUCAUUCCACUGCUGAAGUUGGCGGUAUGUUAAUAACUCUGCGUUGCUGCCAAAAACAAGACAAGGCAAUGGCUUUAGGCCUUAUCUCUCUCGCCAUUGGCCUUUUCGGCAACAUGCCGUGUCCAAUAAUUUACGGAGGUAUAGUUGAUGCAGCGUGUAUCCAGUGGCGGUCAACAUGUGGCACUUUCGGAGACUGUCAGCUUUACGACACUCGUUUUUUUAGACUCGUCUUCCACGGCAUCACGGCUGCCGUGAUGCUUUUGGCCUUUUUCGUGGACGUUGCCGUGUGGAUGAAGUCCAAGCACAUCAUCCUGCAGCCUGACACCGUUGAGGACGAUCAAAUCUUCUGGGAUGGACAUCCAACCGAAGUCACUUCAUCGCCUGACAUUCAGCCGGAAGCUAAACAUUCCACGGCUCAUUUGCCGCCGUCAGACAUGACUCCUUCUACUGCGAUCUCGCAGGUUUCUCGCAGAAGUUCAUCACCGGGUCCGGAAUCACCCACCGUGUGUCCGCCUCCGUUGUCUAUUGUUCCCGAGACAUCGCUGCCAUUAUCUCCCAUCGAGCAUCUUUUACCUGAUGCAUCCGCUAGAGAUACAUUAGAUUCACAAAAAUCUCGAAAUCCCAGGAUUUCAUCUCCGUUGGUUAGAAAAUCGCGGUCUAAAACAGACGCCCCAACCUCAUCACCUCAGAGACGAUCUGUCACAAGAGCAACUCGGCCGUCGAAGUCUUCACCAGCUCCUACUUCUCCCUUCUCCAACAGUCCUCCUAACUUAGAUGGAAGACACAAAACCCCUGGGAAAUUUCCAUCGGCAUCAAGAAUGCCAGGAACAUCAGAAAACUCCCGUCCUGAGAAGAAAAAGUCCCAGGUUAGACAAUCCGGUCCCAGCCCAAGAAACCGAGUCAAGGUGGACACCAAAAGACUGUCAGCGCCGACGUCGGCUCAGAAAAGAACAGUUCCCGGAACAGAUAAUAAGGAAGAUGAGCAGAAUGCGAAUAAGGGCUACAGAAGCACAGCCUUGUGAUAGUUGUUCCAUUCCAUUGAUUUGUAUAUAUCUUUAAGCUAAAGUAUAGUGGCAGUGAUUUGUACAGACCUGUAACUUGAAAGCAUAAUUGCAUAAAGCGAGCUAUUUGAUCCGACACAAUAUCCGUCAAUUAAAUUUUCUCGCCGCAGUUGUUAAUUUGGUCAACAAAAUAUUAAAUAAUAAAUAAAUAAACAGUUGUGGAUAAUUCUUUUUGGUUACUGAACUUGAGCCUCGUGCAGACCUGCCUUUCAUUCAAAAUUUGUUCUGAAUACGUACUACAUCUGAUAUUUGUUGGCUUUAAAAAAUAUUUGCUUUUUUAUUUUACUUGAUUAGUUUUAUAUUAUGCGUCGUGCGUUGUGGCGUCGCGCUUUGGCUGUUCUUGCAACUGUUAUGUUUGUCUGUAUCCUGCAUUUUUAACUACUCAUAUAUUUCCGCAAGUUUUCAUCUGAUAUUUCAGCCUUGUUCCUGACGAGCUUGAUUUUUGACUUAUUUUUUACGCACGCACAAAUAUAUUUUCUCUGUUGAUGCGAUGAGUCUAAUGUCUGAUGUCACAACAUGAGGGUUAGUGUCACAACAUGAGGGUUAGUGUCACAACAUGAGGGUUAGUGUCACAACAUAAGGGUUAGUGUCACAACAUAAGGGUUAGUAUCACAACAUGAGGGUUAGUGUCACAACAUGAGGGUUGGUGUCACAACAUGAGGGCUAAUGUCACAACAUGAGGGCUAAUAUCACAACAUGAGGGCUAAUGUCACAACAUGAAGGCUAAUGUCAUAACAUGAAUUAAGAUAUCAUGUUUCAAUACUUUAAGUGUUAGCUUCCACUAUUUAUCUCGUGCUUGGCUUUUACUUCCUUCUGUAUAUAGGUUAUAAUUAGUUUUGUAAUGUGCAAAGUAUGGUUUUUAUUUUGCCUAUUUGUGUUAUGUGUACUAAAUGUAUAUAUUUAUAUACUGAAUGUUUUCCUUCAUUCAGAUAAAUUGCUUGAAGCUUCCGAAUCUUAACCCGACUUGUUCCAAACUGAAAAUAAAUAAACGAAAAUGUAACUUAGGUUGACGUUGUAAACUGCUGUUUUGUUACAACGUUUCGAUUAUGUUGCAAACAUCUGUUGACGUUACAAGCUUGCGUUAAAUAUUCAGAAAAAUGAUGUUGAUUCAGAAAAUGAUUUUGCGCCUCAAUGUGUUCGGAACGAAGAAAAUCUUGAAUAGCUCCUAAUUUUUUGUCUGAUCUCACUUUUACAUAGCAAUUAAAAGGCGGGAACUUAAAGCAUUACUGAAUAUGAACUUUCGUGUCAGGAUAGGUUCAUUUUUUUGGAAAUUUUGAGGAUUUAUUUUAGUUUUCCAAAUUCCGGUUAGUUUUGGGGGAUUUUUGUGUUGAACACUAAAAAUAAUAUAACUCAGUACUCACUGCA